AAAACAAACAAACUUCCGUAUUUUGGUUCAAGAGAAAAGUCCAAGAACAGAGGAAAGAUUUUGCAACGCCUCAUUAAAAUAUCCAAUUGGCUAUGUGUGUUGGCGACAUCAGCUGUCUAAACCACGUGCAAAUUGUCGUUUCCUUCCAUUUAGACACGCCCACAUACGAACAAACGUCUUCAAACUUCCAUUUCUAUGCAGCCCUCUCUGCAAGAAACUCACACACAGUCGAGAAAUGGCCACUGCUGAAUCUUCUUCUUCUUCUCUCGUACCCCAGAGGUUAUUAGGGAAAGUGGCAUUGGUCACUGGUGGAGCCUCUGGCAUUGGUGAGGCCAUUGUGCGCCUCUUCCACAGACAUGGUGCAAAGGUUUGUUUCGUCGAUGUGCAGGACGAGCUGGGUCGUCGUCUCCAUGAAGACCUUGGUGGCAACGACGACUCGAACACUUUUUAUUCUCAUUGUGAUGUCACUGUGGAAGAUGACGUUCGUCGUGCAGUCGACACGACCGUAAGUAAGUUCGGUACACUUGACAUAAUGGUGAACAAUGCUGGGAUCUCAGGCACACCCACAUCCGAUAUUCGCAACGUCGACGUAUCGGAGUUCGAGAAGGUUUUUGAUAUCAAUGUGAAGGCAGUUUUCAUGGGAAUGAAACAUGCUGCUAGUGUCAUGAUUCCAAACAAACAAGGAUCGAUCAUAUCGCUUGCUAGCAUCGGUAGCGUCAUAGGGGGAAUAGGACCGCAUCAUUACAUAAGCUCGAAGCACGCCGUGCUGGGGCUUACGAGAAGCGUUGCAGCCGAGCUCGGACAAUACGGAAUUCGUGUGAAUUGUGUGUCGCCUUACGCAGUUCCAACGUCCUUGGCUUUUGCUCACUUGCAUGAAGAGGAAAGAACUGAGGAUGUGAUUACAGGCUUUCGUCAGUUUAUUGGAAAGAAUGCUAAUUUGCAAGGAGUGGAUCUAGAGGCUGAAGAUGUUGCCAAUGCUGUCUUGUUCUUGACCAGCAACGAGGCUCGAUACAUCAGCGGAGACAAUCUCCUCGUCGAUGGCGGUUUCUCUUGUGUAAAUCACUCGCUUCGUGUUUUUAGAUGAUCGGCCUUAUAGUCAUCAAGGUGACUAUCUACUUACGAUUUACGACCAAAGCCUAAAGUAUUUAGAUUUUUUAUGGCGGAACUUCAAAUUUUGAAUAAUUUUAUUUGGCUUGUUCUAAUUGAG